AUGACUCUGGCGCGAGGCCUUGCGAUUCUGUUCCUCUUGUUUGCGCUGUACUGUGGGCUGGACCCGUUCCACCACAGCCCAAUAGCCCAUUUCCCGGACUUCCAGGCCAAGAGAGUGGACAUGCCCCCGUGGUCCGAGGUUCCCACCGACACAGACAAUCAUAAUCUGUUGCAGAAGUCGGAGAUUAAGUUUUUGAACGAGGUGCAGGGACCAGAGAGCAUUGCCUUCGAUCCUCUUGGUCGUGGUCCUUACACUGGUGUCGCUGAUGGAAGAGUCAUCUUCUGGAACGGUCACUCUUGGGUUGACUUUGCUUAUACCUCUCCCAAUAGGUCAGAAAUAUGUAAUCCUCUAGCGUCUGCAACACCAUUUAGUUAUAUGAAGAAUGAGCAUAUCUGUGGAAGGCCUUUGGGACUCAGAUUUGACAAGAAAACAGGUGAUUUGUUCAUUGCUGAUGCAUAUUUUGGGCUCUUGAAGGUGGGGCCCGAGGGUGGCUUAGCAACAUCUCUUGUAACUGAGGCUGAAGGGAUUCCACUGAAAUUUACUAAUGAUGUUGAUCUUGAUGGGGAGGGGAAUGUUUAUUUUACAGAGAGCACUGCUAAUUAUCCGAGGAGGAAUUUCGUUCAAGUGGUAUUUUCAGGGGAUGAUAGUGGCAGGGUUUUGAAAUACAACCUAGCCACUAAGGAAACCACUGUUCUUCUUAGCAACAUUCAAUUCCCAAAUGGCAUUACAUUAAGCAAGGAUGGUUCCUUCUUUGUCUUUUGUGAAGGGAGCAUUGGCAGGUUACGUAAAUACUGGCUGAAAGGAGAAAAAGCUGGGACUUCAGAAAUUUUAGCCAUUCUUCCUGGAUAUCCUGACAAUGUGAGAGUCAAUAAUAAUGGUGAUUUUUGGGUAGCUCUUCAUUGUAGAAGGUCUUGGUAUGCAUACUAUAGUGGUAUCUACCCAAAGAUAAGGACAAUGAUACUCAAGCUUCCUAUACCCGUAAAGAUUUUCUUCCAGCUUCAAAUCGGAGGUCACCCACAUGCAGUAGUUGUUAAGUACAGCCCUGAAGGUAGAAUUUUGCAGAUAUUGGAGGACAGUGAGGGGAAAAUUGUUAGAGCGGUGAGUGAAGUGGAGGAGAAGGAUGGUAAACUAUGGAUGGGAAGCGUUCUCAUGCCUUUUAUUGCAGUCUACAACUUGAACUGA